AUGAUUUACAAAGGAAAAGAGAAGGAAGUGAUUACUGUGGAGGUCAACAAUCCUCUUUCUAAUUUUGUCUUCAAACCUCGCCCCAACCCAAUCCCAAAGAAAGUUACUGCCUCUAUCAACUCCAUCACUUCUGGAACCACUAGCGCUGAGCCGACUAUCAUCACGCCUCCAUCCAAUGACCCAUCGGAUACUUCCCUCGCUGUCAAAAUGGAACUCCUGGUAGCAAAACCUCCGGACCCCAUUCCUAGUACAAUCAACUCGAAGGCCCAACCUGCCAAGAAGCGUCAGCCGAGUACGAAGCCCAUGCGUGAACCUGCGAGCAUCUUCGCAACCUACUGGAAUGGUCUAUCGAAGGCCGAAAAAGAGGUGUACAAGCACAAAGCGGCUCUACAGCUCGGCUCGGCUGGACCCACCGAAAGGAACGGCGCUGGUGAUGAUACAGAUGAAGAGUAG